UUUUAUCUAUUUGUGAAACAAUGUUCGGUGAUCGCCUGUGUUAAGAGAAAAAUUAUGGCAUGUAUAUGUUUCGUUUUGCUUAUGGGUUUGGUUUCCAUUCUGUAUACAGAUGCAUGUCCGGAAGCUUGCAGAGUAUGUACGUCUGAUGGAGUAUGCAGAGAAUGUGAAUAUGGCUGGUUCGGAAAACAAUGUGACCAAAAGUGUCUUGCAUCCGCUAAAAUUUGUUCUUUCUGUAAAUUCAAUGUGUUGGUUAAAGAAUCAGUAUGUUUAAGAUGCCCAAAAGGUCAAUAUUCUACGGAAGGAAAAUGUUGGGACUGCUUUACAUUUUGUGAUUCGUGCAUCGACUACAUGAUGUGCACAGAAUGUAAAAUAGGUUACUAUGGAUCAGACUGUUUUCACCCGUGUCCUAACAACUGUGUAGGAUGUUUAUCAAAGGAGUCUUGUAUGUCUUGCAAGGAAGGCUGGUUCGGAAAAGAUUGUCAGUGUAGUCAAAACUGUGUACAGGUAGGAGAAAUAAACGAUUGGUGUAGCAUAAGCGGAACGUGUUUAAACGGGUGUGUUGCGGGAAAACACGGUGAUCAAUGUACCAGCGACUGUCCGAACAUAGGCACUUGCUUACAAUGUAAUCAGUUUAAUGGUCAGUGUUUGAAAUGUUCUAAUGAAUUGUAUGGAAGACUUUGUGAUAAAAUAUGUGGACAUUGCCAGUCGGACAGUAAAGGAGUAGUGGUAUGUGACAUUGACACUGGAAAUUGUCCAUACGCUUGUGCCAAUGGUUACUAUGGUAGUAAUUGUAACCAGGAAUGCAGCGGCAACUGUCUUGACUCAAUUUUAAACACAAACUUGAGUACAUGCGACAAGAAAUCGGGACUCUGUAAUUUUGGUUGUGUGCCAGGUCGGUUCGGAGGCAUUUGUGAAUAUAACUGUAGUGAUGCUUGCCGAAGAGACAGUUGUGACAGCAAAACGGCACAAUGCCUUUCUAGAUCAGAUCAAAAUGAACCUUCAAAUAAUUUGUUUACGACUGUGGGAUGCCUAAUUGGAAGUUUCAUAAUACUUUUUAGCGCAGUUACGAUAUGGUUAAUAAAAAGAAGAGUAUGCAGUGGCAAAUGUUUUAGUAGCAAAUGUAAUUCUGAGGUGUCGUUCCCAGUGACAACCGCACCUUUUUUCGACGGGGAUAGUGAGGAAUUAGGUAACACAGUAGAAAUUUAUCACCAUAUUAUUGAUACUGAUCAUGCACACCAAACUGGAUCCGGUUCAAGCAGCAAUUAUUAUGAUGAAGUUCAAAGUGAUCAUCAAGGCGACAGUAGUAGCAAUGUAGCCACAGUAACAAACAGUGUCCAUUUAACAAACCUUAGAAGUGUCCUAACUUCUGAAACUGGUGUACAUGAUAGAAAUGGUACUUUUGUGACCGACUAUGAUAUUCCUAUAACCAGAUCUGAGACAUUUAGGAGGCAUCAGUGUGAUAAUUACGGUAGUCCUCUGGCAGAUCAGCAUAAUGAUCUCUCACAUGUUUUAGAGAAACAAACCUUGUCAAAGACCAAACAAUGCAAAACCAUACAAGGCAUAUCGCUGUUGAAUACGCACUGUCAUUGCUUCCCCGUCAAAAGAAAUACAUCCCGCAAUACCACACAUCUGCAAACUGAAGAAUGUGUAGUACAUGAUUCACACAAUAUCCUUGAAAAUGCAGAUGGCAAUUACUCAAAUGCUAGUACAGGAUGUUGCCUUAUAGAUAAAACUUUCCAAACAGAAAAUACUUGUAUUUCAAGAAUCUGUAUGAGCGUGUCUGAAAACUGUGCUAGUACAUGUCAUUCCGUUCGGAAUAACCCUACCCACAAGGCUUGUUCCAACAUUUUGUGUAAGACAACAAUGUUUUCAGACACUAUAGUUAAUAGUCUGAACAAAAAGCACGAAGACAGUACAGAAAUGCAAGUGGAAAAUGAGCACUUCAAAGAUGAGAGAGACGCUGUUUAUAUACAUCCAGUCCACUGAUGGAAUCAUUAAUUAGGUUCAAGCGUAAAAGACAAGACUCUGAACGUGAUCACAAAAUGAGUUAUAAUUGAUAUUUUAAAGCAUGUAAUAAAAUUUAAAAAUUUUACCUGGUUCAAGUAGAAAAGAAACAAGAAAUAUCACAUAUGGUUGUAGCAUUUUUAAUAACGAAACCUUUACAGGUCAGAACCUUAAAUUGCUGUCUUUUCUAUGUAACUGAACUGUCGAUGAAAGUGUAACUAGUUUGACCUGGAAUUUUAAGGUACAGCACGAGAUUCCAAUUAAAAACAGUUAUUGUUGAAAUCUGUCUCACAAUAUGUACAUAUAUAUAUAAUAUAUGCAUGAAAAAAAGAAAUAUAACACAUGGUUGUAGCAUUUUUCAUAACGAAACCUAGAUCAGAACUUUAAAUUGCUGUCUUUUUACGUAACUCAACUGUCGAUGAAAGUGUAACUAGUUUGACCUGGUACAACACAAGAUUUGAAUUAAAAACAGUUAUUGUUGAAAUGUAUCUCACAAUAAGUGCAUGUAUGUAUAGUAUAUGCAUGGAAAAAAAGAAAACUUCACAAUGUUUUCGCAGGAAAUGAUUCAUUUAUUCACUAUUGAGCUCUAACAAUCCAGGGAAACAAACACAUUUAUUUUCUUAUCAUACUUUACUCAUGGAUGGAGGAAAUAGCUUGCUUUGCGAUUAGCUAUAAGAAAUUUUAUCAACACUUGCAGAUAUGUCUUUUCACUGAAGAAUAUGCAGCUCCGUUUGUUAAAUGACAUCAAAAGAUGUGGCCUCUUUUGCAACAGUUAAAAAAAUGGAUACUGCAAUAAAUUUUAAAACGCAAAUAUUUUUUCAUGGAACUGUGUAGAUAUCUCCGUGAGCAUAAGGCCUUAGAUUGUUAUCUAUCAAAAACAAAAUGGUAUACCUCUUUCAAUAACAUGUAAACAUAUAAACUGAUUAUUUAAAAUUCAUUGUCAACCACAGCAAUGCUGAUUUAUCAAACACUGCAGUAGUUAAUUGAUUUUUUUUUCACUUCAUUGAUGUGCGUCUGUUUGCAUCACUUGACAACGAUUAUCAUUCGUUGUCAAUUAAUAGACUUACAACAAGAAAGUUUAAACCAAGCGUAAAUUCUAAAACAAUAUGUAAUAUUGUUGUAACCGAAUCUUCAAAUACAGUUCGUCUUUACUAUCCACAAUGGUUGCUGUCAUAUCUUACAAACUAUCUUUCAAACUGCAGUAUUUAGUAGUAACAUACAUUUUCCCAAAUCCUUGAUUUUAACUAAGUCAAAAUAUUUGUAUGAUAUGAUAUGUAAAGAAGUUUACUGGACUUUUUUUUUCUCGAGAAAAUGCAGGUUCGAUUUUUGUAAAUGUCAAAAAUGGUCUUUUUAAAAAAUGUAAUUGACGGUUUUAUGUGUUGUUGGAUUCAUGUUAUUCAUAUUAUAAAUGAGGGGCUCCGUCGCUCAAGUUCACCAAACUAAAGCACACAUUCUGUUAUGUAUUUAUUGAAACUUAGCUUUCAUCGACACAUUGUAGUCACAGUCAAUAGUGUAUUAACAUCUCAUCAAAUGUACAGCAUAAAAUAUCUUUGUAUAAAAACUAUCAAAGAUAAAAUUGUCAUACUGAAAAGAAGUGUAAGUGUCGUUUCUAAAAUACCUGCCAUGUGAAUGUCAUACUCUAAUGGUGGAACAACACCCCAGAUGCCCCGCUGUGCAUUAUUUCAGACACAGACGGCAUCGCUGCAGGGUAGAUCAUUGACCUUCCGCAAGCCAGUCGGAUGAGGACUGUUCGAUAAUUUAUUGACUUACUUUAUACUGGUUAAAUGUAAAACACUACUGGAAUGGUGUAUGUAAAUGUUAUAUUCGUCACUGUACCCAAUGUUUAAAUAUAAAUUAAUCUAAUUCAUUUUCUAGUACCAUAAGCUCUUCUUCUUAUAAAUGCAUUUCAACUGACGUUUUAUUCAAUGUACGUUAGAACAUGUACUGAAUGUUUGAAACAGUAUGUUGGAUAAACACAUCAGUAAUGUUCACAAAGAAGGAACAGUCAUAGAUUUGAUAUAAAUUAUUAUUCACAGCAACUACUAAUUUGUCAUAACAAUUAACUCUCAAGGGCAUACUCUACAGGACUUCUCUUUUAUAUCUAUUGACAUAGUAACGAAUCCUUGGAAAAAAAAGUUUCUAAAAGAGAUUUCCUGGAUGUAUCACUUGGAUACUGUGUCUCCCCAAGGAAAGAAGUCUACAUUCUGUAUACAUGUCUUUUAUAAUUAUCUGUUGUUGUAUGCUACAUUUUUUGUAGUAAAUUAAUUUUGCGUCUGUUUCAUAAUUAGUUUUUACGCUAAGCUAUUUGUUAAACUUUGACGUCAUCGUCAUUAACGUCGUUUGACGUUAACGCCGUUUGACUUAUGAUUGAUCAUGUUUAAUUUGUACCGUGAAGAAGGCUAAUGUAACCGAAACGUUGGUUAUAGAUAAAAGUGACUUGUUAUAGUUUAUAUUUAUACUUUGGGAUCAUGGAGUCUACUCAGUGUUCAUAGGUAAUAGAGUUCCGCUUAAGCCGGUGAUAGUGGCGUGAGGAAUAUUGUACUUUCCACUACCUCUCAUAAACAGACUCAGUUAAACCGAAUCUGCUAUAAUUUUGCUUGAUUGCAUUCUAUGCUUCCAACUGAUCGUCUUUCAGAUUUCAUUAUUUACUAUUUUUAAUACCUGUAUAUUUAAACGUUAAAAGUAAAACGUCCUUUGAAAACGUCUGUAAAUUUUCAGAAAAAAAGUUCAAACAAGAACGAUAUUGUACACUUCUAGCCUUUUAUUAACAAUAAAAUGGCACGAAUUGGAGAUAUAACUUGACAUUUUUGUUUGAUUUAAGCAUAACAAUCAGGUUUGCUAGUAAAGAUCGCUGAUCGCAGUCUUUACAUUAUCUCAAGUUUGGUUUGUAAUAAGAUUUAUAAAGAUCGGGAUUUCAAUAACAUGGUUACAGUUUUCUUUGCUCUUUCUUUCACUUCAACAACAAAGCGACUGUUGGAAUAGCGAACGUUCUAUGUUGCAUCACCAUACACGCUUUUGAUAGGCAACUUCGGUUUUCGCAUGAAGACGUGACGUUCGUAAAUAAUCUUGACGUUGUGAUCCCUGGAAUGCUUCGAAAUUGUGAGCCAUAUGAUUCUUAGGAAUUGUUACGGAUCAGCAAUGCUUAUCUUCAAGGAAACGUUUUUGGAUUGGAAAUAUUAAAGAGUACGUUUUCUGUUGUUAUUUUUGCUCAGUCAUAACCCAUAAGUUGUUUGUAUUUGACUGUUUUAACACAGGCCAUUAUAUACAGAAUGUGCAUUAAAAUGCAAUCAUUUUUUCUUAUAUUGUGAAUAUUUCCAUUAUCUUUCCUAAUGUAGAUAUAUUUUAUCAAUACAAAUUAUCUCUAGUUAAAAGUCUUAACUUAAAAUCCCCAGGCUAUGCUGUAUCAUAGUUUAUUCACUUUGUAUUGAUUACUGUGUUUAUUACAUUUUAGACUAAACGUUUUCUACAAUUUUAAAUCUUCUAUAUAAUAUAUCCAGAUUCUUAAUUCUGCAAU